AUGAACUUAAGUUCAGGAAAUUGCAAAAACACCCACGAUAAAAUAUUGGUUGAAGAGCCAUUUGUUCCAUUUGUCGUCAAGAAACGACAAACUCUUACACAGGAAGUCGUAGCCGUUCACGUAGUCGUUCACCGCGCUCCUUAUCACGUUCUAGAAGCCGUUCCUACUCUUACUCUUCCAGAAGUCGUUCUCGUUCUUAUAGCAGGAGUCGGUCGCGCUCUUUAUCCUACUCACGUAGCCGUUCUCGUUCGCCAUACUCUCGUAGAAGACGUUCUCUGGCAAAUGAACAAGGGUUCGGCCUUUAUUGAUUUUGAUACCAGGGCCGAAGCAGAAAGGGCUAUAAGUUAUAUGGAUGGUGGGCAACUUGAUGGUGCGGUGCUCACUUGCACAUUUGUUCCACGUCGGCCACCCACACCACCGCCACCUAGACGUACAACUCUCCACCCCCUCCACCUCGACGUUUUGCGGCGAGCAGCUACCGUGCUCGCGGAAGGUCCCCGCUACGACGCUAUUCAAGAUCACGAUCUAGAUCCCCUAUACGUCGUAGACGUUCCUAUUCUUAUAGUGAUUCUUACAGCUCUAGGAGCAGAUCUAGAUCACCAUACUCGAGAAGUCGUAGCAGAAGCUAUUCU